GAGAUGCCAGUAACAUCACUCUUCCUUACCAAAAUAACAUCCUUAAUAGUGAAAAUGAAGUUUACCGUCGUCGUCAGAAGGGGGUACUCACUUUAAGGUCAGGAGCGAGGAACAGUUUUCUGUAAUAUCCUCUUAUUACCCAUAGAUGGCUCUCAUUGAGCAACAUGAAGAGAAUAGAGUGAUCUACGUCACAUCCGUUCGGCGCAGAGAGAGAUGCAAACAUGGCGGCGCUAGCGGAGAAAUCAACGAAGGAGCGUCUUCUUUCUGUUCUGGACGACUUAGAGGUUUUAUCCCGGGAGCUGAUAGAGAUGUUGGCUCUGUCCAGAAGUCAGAAACUUCCUCAGCCAGGAGAAGACACGCAGAUCUUGGAGCUACUCGUACAGAGGGACAAGGAGUUCCAGGAGCUGAUGGAGGUGGCGCAGCAGCAGGGCAAGGUCCACCAGGAGAUGCAGCUGCUGGAGAAGGAGGUGGAGAAGAGGGACAGCGACAUCCAGCAGCUGCAGAAACAGCUGAAGGAGGCAGAACACAUCCUGGCCACAGCUGUUUACCAGGCUAAAGAGAAGCUGAAAUCCAUCGAGAAGGCCAGAAAAGGAAGCAUAUCUUCCGAGGAAAUCAUCAAGUACGCUCACCGAAUCAGCGCCAGUAACGCCGUGUGCGCGCCGCUCAACUGGGUGCCAGGUGACCCGCGCAGACCGUACCCUACUGACCUGGAGAUGCGCAGCGGGAUGCUGGGACACAUGGCCAACCUGCCGUCCAAUGGGAUGAACGGACAUCUGCCAGGAGACGCUCUGGCUGCAGGACGGCUACCCGACGUUCUGACACCUCACUACCCCUGGCAGCCAUCAGACGUCUCAGUGGGGAUGCUUCCCCCUCACCAUGGAAACGACUUUGGGCUGGAGCCGCCGGGUCACAACAAGGAAAACGAGGACGACGUGGAAGCCAUGUCCACAGACUCGUCCAGCAGCAGCAGCGACUCAGACUGAAACAAAGACACUGUGUUUGUGUGUAUGUGUGUGUGUUUGUGUGUGUAAUGUUAGGCAACACUUGAACAUAUAUUUUCUCUCAAGGUUUUUUAACACCUGACCUAAAGCGUGAAUCAUUUCUGGAAAGGUGAGGUUAUGAAGCGCCGCUCGUUUCCACUCUGUGAAAUGCUGAAAACCUUUAACCCACUCUGUUUCUGUCGCCACGGUGAUGCUGUUUUUCAGUUCACAUUCACAAUAUUAGCUUGUGCAUCACAAGCUGGAGAUCAAAUCACAAAUUCUUCACAGUUUUUUUUUCUUUAUUGAGUUUUAACUAGCACACCCUGACUGAUACCUUCAUCCAUCUUGUUUCUGUUUCAGGUCUGAUCCCAGAUAAUUCGCAUGAUCAUUCAGUUUAAAAGCUAAACAGUUUCUCGAUAUUGAAAUGAACUUACGUUAUUACAUAGUGCCACCUAGUGUUCAAAUGUAAUAACUCUCAAAUACUCAGCAUGUGUAGAAGUCGAGAAGUAAAAUGUUCUAAACUUGUGCACGAAAAUGAAACAGAUUCUGCAAUGUUUUUAUUUAGACAACAAGAUGAAGCCAAAUUAAACCAAACUUCUGAUUACACCUGAAGCUUUUUCUAAAGAUUAAACAGGAUAUAAGUUGCUGAAUGUAUUUAUUUAUUUUAAUUCCCUAUAUUUGGACUGUGACCCGCAUGUGUCCACUUAAACAAAACCCGAAACUCCACCCAGCAGUCACUUUUCUACGUUUAACAUGUUGCCUCAUUUAUAAUAAAUAGAUCAACAGUAUUUAUCGUAUGAAUCUUGUUUGAAUAUCGUCAUCCCUGGUUUCCUUUGGAUGUUCCUCUGAAUUCAAACAACAGGAGGGCUGAUAGAGCCAAACAAACCAGCUUGCAUUAGAUUUUACAACCAGUGGGGUUGAGUCUUUGUUACAGUCAAGAUUCAAGUUUCCCAAUCUUCUGGUUAAACUCCAAUAGCAGCAGGUUACCUGAAAUGAGACAAUGUUGAUUAUUAUUAUUUUUUUUUCAAACUUCAACUGUAAUUGGUUUAAUGUAACCCUGCAUAUCAAAGCUCAGAGUAUUUAAUGGUCUGUCUGCUCUGUGUGAUUCACUGAGUUUUUGUGUUGCAUAACUCUGAUGGUUGUGUGUGGUACAACAUGUAAAUAAGCUUGUAUAUAUUUUUCUUGUAAAUAAAUCAUUUUUGAAUAGA